ACUAACCCGGAAUUAAACCGAAGUCACGCCCCGAUAUCGACCUUCCACCAUCCAACAGCUCCUAUCAGGGACCACAAACUAAGGUCCACGACCAUAAACUCGCCUCGCCGCCCACGCCUAGGAUGGCACGAUGAGCCAACAACAGGGAAACGUGUCUCAAGGGCAUACUAGGAACAAAUCAGCGACAAAAGCUUCGCGUCCGAGAUCGUCUACGAAGGGACCCCUGGACGUGGAUGACUUACCGUUGAACGAUCCACUCUCGUCACCAAGACUCGACCCGCCACAGCACAAAGGACUCCCCGGUCAUCCCUCCCUCCGAUCACGAUCCCCCGUCGGCUCUCCCACUCCGCCGCCCAAAGUCCUCCGAGCACCCAUUCCGAAAGACUUCAGCUUCCUCCUACGUCCCGAAAUUUACCACCCCCUCACACCUCUCAACGUGCCCGCCGCCUUCCGAAAUUCGCCCAAGCAACCCAACCCCGAUGCACCACUCUCCGACCUCCUCGAAAAAGGCCACUUCCGCGCCGCAGCCAUCGCCGCCGUCCAGGAGCUGACGUCAUCAUCACCCUCCAACCCCCCCAUCGACCCGUCCGACCACCGACGCAUCUUCGACCUGCUGUACACGCGGCUAGCAUGCCUGACGCUCAUCGAAGCGACAUCGCUCGCAGCGCAGGAAGUGCGCGCUCUCGAAGACCUCAGCAACACGGCCCUAUACGUGGACGACGCGACGGGUGAGCACCUCGUGCCGUGGCACCUGCGAGUCCUCAACGUCAGGCUCCAGGCCAUCGGGUUUGGCGAUCCUAGGAGGUCUGUGAUGAGCUACCACGACCUGGCGCGGGAGGCACGGGAGCAGAUCGGUCGCGCGGCGUCACGGCACGACAAUUCGGCGCGUGAGCUGUGGAAGGCCCGUCUCCACGACCUGGGCGUCAAAGUUGCCGGGGCGCUCAUUGAGAUGGAUGACUUGUCCGGGGCGGCGUAUCAUCUGGGCACCCUGCGGGAUGACGGGGACGGGAAGAUGGCGCUGGCGAGGGCGCUCCUAUGGCUCCAUUUGGGAGACGUCGAGGCGGCGAGGCGGUGUGUGAGCGGCGUGGGGGAGGAUGGGAGACACGUGGAGCAAGUUGUGGCGGCGCUAUGUGAAAUGGCGGACGGGAACUACGCCGCGGCGCAACGAAUAUGGGAGGUGUUGAGGGAGGAAGUAGAUGAUGAGAUGGUCGGCGUGAACAUUGCUGUGUGCCAGCUAUACACGGGCAACAUGAACGAGGGACGCGAGGUCUUGGAGAAGCUGGUGGAUGCAGGCUAUUCGUCUCACACGCUUCUCUUCAACUUGGCCACUAUAUACGAAUUAUGUACAGAGCGGCAGAGGGCUCUCAAGAUGCGGCUGACAGAGAAGGUCGCCGGAUUUGAGGAGACCCCUAAGGGGUGGGAGAAGUACAAUGUCGACUUCAAACUAUAGGCGGGAAGGAAGCUGUCCUAUCUCGAAGAACCAUUCAAAUAACGGGCGUACGUUCUAUAUGUUCUUAGGGAGACCAGGUUGCCCUUUUACUGGGUCAGGUAUGUUUCCCCUUCGUCUCUAUUCGUAGGUACGAGUUCGAAUCGUAGCUUUGGCGGCUCCCCGUUGACCCUGCAUGUCAAAUGAUGGCGUGAGUGCGUGUGUGUGGAUGUGCGGGUAUGUGGGUCUACUCCGCAUGCGUAAACGUCUUGUGAUUGGUUGCAUCUAUGUAGCGUCUUCAGCGCGCCCCACUAUACCCUGUCGGUU